CCUCACCCAACUCACUAACUGGGAAAAUCGCUAGAUUCAAGAAAGCACUGUAACAGUGAACAACGCUGCAUUGUGCGGAUAAGUGCUAUUUUAUAAAAUUUCUUCUACAUUUUAAGAAACACGAGUGCACAUAACAAGUUAAUAAAUGUCUUCUAAAAUAUAUUUUGAAUAAGGCAAUAGGGAAUUUUGAAGUUACUUCUCUUGAGUUGUCUUGAGACAUAAUGUUUGUGGCUGAACAAUAAAUAUAUAUAUAUAUAUAUAUAUUCUAGGAUACUUUUGAAGGGCAUCUAAAAAGAUCUAGAAAAAGUUUUUGCUGACCUUGGUAUCCAUGAUGCAAAUGAACGGGCUUUAUUGUACUGGGGUGUUUGCAUUCUAAAUCAGGGGUUAAUGUGUUACCCCAAGUUGGAAGUGAAGCUUUGCAAUCAAAUGAGAAAAAGCAUAAUUUAUCAUCAAUGGAUGCAUCUAGCCUUAAAGUUCCAGUGUCAUCAGCUGGUGGAAGCCCACCAGGAAGGAAUAGAGUAGCAUUGAAGCCUGGAAGAUCUUUGAUGGAUUGGAUAAGAUACACUUCCAGAAAUGAUGUAACUGGAACUGAUGGAAAAUAUCUUGAAAUUUCACUUCGUGAACUUGCAAGACAUAAUACAAGAAAUGAUGCUUGGAUUGCCUUAAGAGGAAAAGUUUACAACAUCACUCAUUACCUUGAGUUUCAUCCAGGUGGGGAAGAUGAAUUGAUGCGAGGUGCUGGCAACGAUGCAACUGAACUAUUCAAUCAAGUUCAUAGAUGGGUAAAUGCUGAAUCAAUGCUACAAAAGUGUUUUAUUGGCAUAUUGAAGAAAUCAUGGUCAUUUGAUGUUCCUAAAUUCCUACCUUUAAAACAAUCAAAAGUAAAGCAUAUGAAAACUAUUACUGUUGAUAGUGUUGAUAAAGAGUGCAAAACUGUUUCAAAAAAUGAGAGUAAAGAGAUACCAAUUGUUUCUGAUAUUGCAUCUUCUGAAAUGCUUGAAGAAAUGGUAACUGAUAUUCAAAGAACUACUGCAGGAAAAUCAGUAUGGUCUCUUUCUCCUUAUUCAAAGUCUGAUGCAUCCAGAGUGUCAGUAAGAUUUGAUGAGGAUGGAAAUAUGAUGAAAUUGUUUAUUAAUUGCUCAGCUUUAAAUCUGCAUGGACUUAUUACUGAUUUAGUGGACAGAAAAUUGUUCAUAAGAAUUAACGAUUCGCCUGAAAAGAUAAUAAGUUUUGAAUUUCCUACUGCUUAUGAAGAAAACUUUAAAGUUGAAACUGAGGACAACAGUUUCGUAGAAAUUACUUUAAAAAAGAAAUAUAAGGCUGUUAUUGGGAAAUUUACCUGUGAUGAAGUGGAUUCUGAGUCUUCCCAAGUUGUGCCAUUUCAGAACAUUCCGUGGAACGUUUUUGAGCCUUCAGAUGAACUAAUAUUUUGGUCAUGCAAACUGACAAGAAAAAUUCCUGUAAAUCAUAAUACAUUUUUAUUUACAUUUCUUCUACCUCCUGGAACUAAAAUGUGGGUUCCUCUUGGAAGUCACGUGCAUAUCAAAUCAUAUAUUGAAGGUAUAGAAGUUAUUAGGAGCUAUACACCUGUUGUUUCAUCCCUUGAUGUCGAAACAUAUAUGUGUGAUGAAUUAGAUGGAUGCAGAUUAGUUUUAAUGAUAAAAAUAUAUCCUACGGGUAUAAUGACUCCUGUAAUCAAUCAGUGUAACUUAGGGGAGUCUUUGUGGAUAAGUAAUUAUGCUGGUAAUUUUUCUGAAACGCUAUUAUUGAAUUGUGAUUCUGCUAUAAUGCUUGCUGCUGGAACAGGCAUUACUCCAAUGGUUAGACUUAUUAAUUGGAUAUUAACUGCUAAAGAUAAAAAAAGGUCAGUGCUGUUAUUAUUUUUCAACAAAACCGAAGAGGAUAUUAUAUGGAAAAAAGAGCUACAGAUCUGUAGUGAAAAGUAUUCCAAAUUCCAGGUUGUUCAUAUUUUGUCAGAGCCAAGUGAAAUAUGGACUGGUUUCUCUGGAAAAAUAAAUGAUGAUCUAAUGUAUCAGUUACUAACGAUGAAGAUGCCUGAACUUAAGCAACAGAUAUUUGUCUGUGGACCGUCACCUUUUACAGAAAUUGCUCUUAGAUGUUUGGAAGGUUUGGGCUAUAAUCAAGAUGAUGUUUAUGCAUUUACUGGUUCAUAACUUAAGCCAGCUUAGUUUAUUCAAUCAUACCAAAGCCUUCCCAUAAAUACAUGUUGCUGUUUCACUGUCCUAAUCAAGUAGUUGAUUUGUUGGAAGAAUACGUAUGUUUUGAGGUGUGAAUCUUAUACACUUUGUCAUUGUAUCAUUCAGAAUUUUUUUGCAGAGUAAUCCUAUUUUUAUGGUGUAUAUAAAAUAUAUAGAGGCAUGUGCAUUGUUGGAUUAUGUCAUCUUGACACUUUUUAGUAGGAUUUACAUGUUUAUAUUUAAUGUGAACUUUACAUUAUUUGUAUGUGUGUAAAUACUGAAUAUUUGUGACGGCAUUGCAUUAUUUUAAGAUUUUUAACAUUAAUAUUACCGAUAAGGGCUUGAAUGUAAUUUAUAUUAUUAAUCCAAGUCACAUUUGAAAGAUAAUAAUAAAUAUGCUUUAUAGUCUUAAUAUAUAUUCUUAAUUUUUCACCUGUUAAUGUUUACAUUUUAAAAAAUGAAUUAAUGAAUAAUGAAUUAUGUACGAGAAAAGUAUAACGUUAAAAAGUAUGAGAUAAAUAAAUCAUAUAUUCCCUAUUUAUUUUGAUAUAAGGCAUAAGGUUUUGUAAGUAUAUUCAUCCAAGAAAAGGGUGCUUAGGAUUUGAAAACUUAAAAUUUAAAAAAAUUUCAUCAUUUUUGAUAAAAAUUCUUUUUAGCGAUGAUGAUCUGAUAAAGUCUAAUUAAUAGUGUAAUUAAAGAUUACAUACUUCUUCAAAUUGUAUACUGAAAAGCAGCUAUUUACCAGAUGUUAUUUGUUGUUAUUUUAAACAUAUUUCGGCUAUUUUAAACAUUUGCUGCUAUUUUUAGCAUUUAUGGUACAACUAUUUCAACGAAUAUAUAAGCCAACUGAAUAAAUUUAAUUUUAAUAAAACAG